GACCCCCGUGUCCCCUUCUCCAUCUUCCCCAAUCCCCAGCACAGCACCUACUACCCUCCUCUUCCAUGAUUCCCUCCCUUCCAGCGCCGGCCACCCCAUUCGACAACCAGGCCAAGCUCCCUCUCUGCCCGCCUCCUCUCCCUCAUGACCUCAUCUUCGUCACGCGACGCCCCCCCCGAACUCCCUCGCCGGCAGCAGCGUCUUUCCCAUGCGAGGGCGUCGCCCCUCCCCUGUGCUCAACCUAUGACGGGUACUAGUAGGGCCUAAAUAAAAAUGCGGCAUUUUACAGGGUGGAAUAUAAAACGCUGCCUCGGAGUUGCUAUCGCAAUAUCUCCGGCUUUGACCAGGGCCGCUCUCUCUCCUUCUUCCUACUCCAUCCCCUCUCCUCUCUAACCUUUCAUUUACUUUUCUCCCCAUUCUCUCUCUCGCUCCUGCUAGUAUAUCCUUGCCCUACCAUUUGCUUUCCUCCUCCCACCCCGUCCUCCUCCCGUCCUAGACGCCAAUAGCCACCUGAGCAGCGGACAAAUCUCCUCCCAUUCGCCGGCCCCGGAGCGGUUCUCCCUGCAAAGUGUUUCGUCCAGCAGCCUUUGCUCGGUGUACAUAUGAUGGGCUGCUUCACUGCCCUGAGAUCCAAGAAGAAGAAAAGCGCUCUUGUUGCAAGCACGAAACAGGAUGAUGCAAGGGAUUCAUCUUUGAGACUCCCGGAGCCAGAAGCUCAUGUUCCAUCUCUGCAAUCAGCUCCUCCUAGUUUUAGGAAUAGGGCAAAAAUCUGCCAAUCGGCAAAUAAAGUUCCUUAUAGCAGAGCACGUGUGUUGUCUGCUCCUUCAAGCCUAAUUCUGGUUGAUCAGGAUGGCCUCCCAUAUGCUGAAUUUGAUGAUCAGGAUGACUCUAGGGGUAAAGGAGGUCCUAUUAAUCCGCAUCGUUUUUCAAAUCCACUGCCCCUUCCACUUCCCUCACCUGAAGGAAGUUCUUUGAGGAACUUUGGUAGCUUCAAAGCUAUCAAUGCAAGUGGACCACUUGACACUUCAGGUCCUCUCCCACUGCCCCCAAAGAGGUGCGAUGGGCUUAAAAACUUCUCUUAUGAUGAGGUUUCAUCUGCUUGCCAGUGGUUUUCUGGUGAUCAAUGUGUCUCAGAAUCUCUGACUUCAACAACAUACAAGGCAUCCUUCAGGGAUGAUUUUAUUGACCCAAAGACGAUGGAAGCAAUGGUGGCUCGACUAGUCCCUUCCAAUCAGAGUUUCAAAGAGUUUAAAACACAAGUCGGGACAUUCGCAUCGCUUCAACAUCCAAAUUUAUGUAAACUAAUCGGCUUUCAUGCAAGAGAAGAAUCCACUGAAAGGAUGUUGGUCUAUGAGCGGCUCCACCAUGGCAGUUUAGACAGGUUACUCUUUGGAAGACCAGAUGGUCGUUUCAUGGACUGGUCUACACGUUUGAAAGUUGCCCUGGGUGCUGCGAAAGGUCUAGCUUUCUUACACGACGAAGGACCCUUUCAGGCAAUGUAUAACGAGUUCUCAACUUCAAACAUCCAAAUAGACAAAGAUUUCACUGCAAAGCUAUCAGGAUAUGGUUGUGUUGGCUUCAAUUCGGAGGAGGAGAGAUCUAAUGCAUCUGUGGCGGCUGCAAAUAUCUCGGUAGAAACUUUGGAGAAAGGUGUACUGACUCCCAAGAGCAAUGUUUGGAGCUUUGGAGUUGUCUUGCUCGAGCUAAUAACAGGAAGGAAGAACCUUGAUGUACGUUCUUCUUUGGAAGAACAUAAUAUUGUUAAGUGGAGUAGACCUUUCCUUACUGAUGAUAGCCGUCUAUCCCUCAUCAUGGAUCCCCGUAUAAAAGGGCGUUUUCCUACCAAGGCUGCUCGGACUGUAGCAGACAUCAUUCUAAAGUGCCUUCAUCGGGAUCCAUCAGAAAGGCCGACGAUGAGGGCCGUCGUGGAUUCCCUAGCAAGCGUCCAGGACAUAAAGGUUCCCUGCCGAUAUCCUUUACAAGAACCAUCGGCUGCACCAAGAAAAGUGAUGUUAAAAUCUACGAGUCUUAAUGGCAUUGUUCCACAGCAUCCUGUUAUGACCUUAUCGCCAUCUCCUCCUUCACAAAACCAACACUUGCUCUCACCAAGAUCAUCCACAUCUGCACUGCUUCCCCCAAGGACAUGUUCGUCAACUAUUACCCUUGAAUAUCCUAGGGUAAACUCAGUUAAGAAAUCACCUCCGAAUAUUAUGCGGAGGCCCGGUGUGGAAGGUUUUUGAUUGUCCAUAUCUUUGAUAUCUUGAUUUAUUUGUUGUUUUUUGUUAGCUUAGUGGUUUUAUGCUAUCUGGUAUAUGGCCUUCUGUAGUACUAACCCUUCAGUAAUACCCACUGAGGGGCAGAGUGAACUGUAGAUAGAACCAGGUUGUAGAUACUUUUCGUUCUCAUCUGAUGGAAACAGUGUGUUCAGUGGGCCUUGUAACCUCAUUAUGCAAUAAACGUGAGUUACUCGGUUUUUGUUUGCCUUAAAGCAGUUCAGCUAUUUCUGUUGGA